CGCCUCGCGUCUACAAGGAACUCCUCAUAAAUUUCAGAUCGCGAUAACUACAGUACGUUACAUACUUAUUAACUUAAAUCACAACAACUCCACCACCUCUCAAGGAAUUUACAAACAAAGCUUUCACUAUCUUCCUUGGAGCUCCUCCAAAAAUUGCUUCCUACUUCACUCAAAUCUGUUCCACGAUUUUCAAACAUACCAAAGCUACUUUCCCCAUUCUCAACGUUGCGACAUCUGAUUAUUGGUACGAAUGCAACCGGCCUCGACUUUGAUAUCGACCACAUCUUAGCUUCUACCAUCCCCGCAUAUUCCACGUCCCGCAUAUCCAGCAACUUCUACUAUGCAAUUCUAGCUACGUCGAUAGAAGGCAUAUCUUUUAGUCUUCAAAACGUACAUCGAGGUUUUAACCAGCUUGUCGCAAUGCCUUCGCAACAACAUCCAAGAGCACAAUUUGUGCCUCUUUCACCUAACAUCGAUCUGGACGCCCUUGUAAAUGAUAAUCCAAGCUUCGAUCAUGUUCGCAGACUCCCUCAAUCCGACUUGGAAGCACACACUGUACAGAGUCUGGAGCAAUUAGUGUAUGUCUAUGUCAUUCAAGAAGGUCGACCCCUGGUUCUGGAAGGUUGGGGUUCGUAUAUUCCACCUUGGUUAUUUUCCGCAAAGUGGUUAGAGGACAAUUACGGUAGAGAAGGUGAAUGAUCUGGUCCUCUUUUAAGUAGUACGAUUUCUGACUUUAACUUUACCUUUAGUGCAAAAGGUUCGCGAUAUUACCAGUGGCAUUGAUCUUCAAAUGACUAUGGGACAUUACCUACGUUCGAUGGGACAAUUAGCGAAUCAAUUUACCCCUCAAACCUACCGAGACCCGAAAAGACAACGGCUGUAUUUAAAGGAUAUUGACUGUCCGACUGAAUGGGAAGAGAAUUUGAAAGACGUUUUGCCUGAAGCUUUUUUCUACUUAAACGAUUGUAUCGAGUCGCGUACUGGUGGUGAUGGAGCAAUCCGCGAACCCAACGAAUUCGGCCAAAUGAGAUUUGGAAAAGGGGUUGCCCCCGCAGGUGACUUGAUGAGCAGUCUUCCAAAGGAUAUGCGGGCCUUGAAUAUGAUGUGUUAUAUCGGACACGAAGGUACUUAUACUCCUGCUCACAGAGAAAUGUGCGCAAGUCUGGGACACAAUCUUAUGGUUGAAACCUCGGGUGCCAAUGAUGGAGAAAUCCCUGGGAGCUCAAUCUGGUUCAUGACCGAGUCUAAGGAGAGAGAAAUGGUAUCAGAAUGGUUCAUUUCUAAACUGGGCCACGAUAUAGAGGUCGAGAAACAUUUCGCACAACUGAAUGCCUGGAGAAAAGCCCCAUUUAAUGUUUGGGUGACAGAGCAAAGGGCCGGAGACCUUAUUUUAAUUCCACCUCUUGCUCCGCACCAGGUUUGGAAUCGCGGAACACGAACGAUGAAAGCUGCAUGGAAUCGAACAACCGUCGACACACUUGAGCUUGCCAUCCACGAGGCACUUCCACGUGCGCGUCUUGUUUGUCGAGAUGAGCAAUACAAGAACAAGGCCAUCAUUUACUAUACCCUAGACAAGUACUAUCGUUUACUUUCACGAGAUACAGUUGAACAAAAAAUGUGGAUGAGACCUGGAAGUCGAAUCCGACAGGUCAUGGAAGAUUUCAAACGCCUAUUCAAACUCUAUACAGAAGUGCUAAUCAGUGAGCUAUUCUCUCGCUCGCGCCCCGAAAGGAACGUAGAAUACCUACCAUACGACUCGAAUGUCACUUGCUCAUACUGUAGAUGCAAUAUCUUCAACCGCUUCUUGACAUGCAAAUCAUGUAUCCUGACGGCUGAUACUGAAGAGGAAGAUACAUACGACGUUUGUAUGGAGUGUUACGCCAUGGGCCGCUCCUGUGCUUGCAUUUCUUGUUUGGAGUGGGUAGAGCAAUGGAAAGAAGCUGAACUAAGAGAGAACUACGAGUUAUGGCGUAAGGUGGUAUUAAGCUUCGAAGAUCCUCAUGAAAAUUCACCUAAAUCGUUGGAAGAGGAGAGAGACAAAACCGGCAAAAAAAGUGUUGCUCAGAUAUGUCAAGAACAACUUGCCAUCCGACCAUGGAAAGAUAUUACCAAGCCAGAUGUAAUUGAGCCAUUAGACGGCGAAUCAGACGUUGAGCCAGAAGUUGAUGAUGAAGGACGUUUGAAGAAACCGUACAGAAAGCCUUCUAGAAGAGGUAGAAUCCAGGCAACUAAAAACAAGACAAGUAGUUGCCAUAUCUGCAGCCAUCACCAUUGGAAUUGGCAAUCAGCGCGCUGCUCCACCUGCUCCUCAUCGUAUUGCUACGGGACUUUGUGGAGAGCGUUUGACUUGAUGCCUCAAACGGUAAUGGAGAUGGAAAAUUGGGAAUGUCCAAAAUGUCUGAAGAUGUGCUCGUGUGCACGAUGUCGAAGAGAUUCGAAGCAAACACCGUACACUCCCAAAGGAACACUUCUUGGACAUGAUACCAAGAAGGUGGCCGACUACAGGAGCGUUGAGAGUCUAGUUGACUUUGCGAAAACAAAUCUUCCCUGGUUGAGACACGAAGAUGAAAAUCAACCAGAUCCUCAAGAAACGGGAAGAAUGCGGAGAUUGAGAGAAAAGGCUGAAAAGGACAAAGCACAAGAGCCUACUAUUGACAAUAGUUAUCUUGGAUUUGGGGAGGAGGCUUUCUUUCGUGCGGACGACCCAGAGGAUAACCAUUUCAACACCAUGGCAGAUAUUGAUCCUUCACUUCGUGAUGACACAAAUCAAUCAUCUCAAAAUCAGACUAAUGGAUUUCACUCAGCUUGGGAUCAGACUCAGGAGGCUCCUGGAUAUAGUAUUGAGGAGCAGCUUCAUCAGCAAUUAGAAGCCCUUGACGCACACCAUGAUCUAGACGAUAAUUAUCAUGCUGAAAUGCAUGGUCCUAGUGAAGUAGCACAAUAUCCAUCAAGACUUUUAGCACCAGUAGCACCUAUGAUUUCUACAGAACCAGCGCAACUCGAUCCUCAAACACCUGAACCAGCUAGCAUGAUGGGUGGAGAUUACUACCCGACAGAAAUUGGCAUGGACGGCAUCCUCUACGAUUCCCCGAAAUCUGACUCAGAGCCAAACGAAAUGGCAACCGUAAACCCUGCAGAUCUUUUAGCUUCACUUGAUCAGUUCCGCAGUGUAGCAAAAAAGAGGAAACGACUCAAUUCCGAAGGCAUUCCGGAGGACGAUGACGAGGAUGUGGAAUUCCUCACUCCCAAGCGCCAAAGAAAAGUUAAACCUAAGAACACAAUCGUUCCAGACAUAAAACAAGAGAGUAUUUCUCGGCCUGAGCAUCGUCCGUCGCGUGUUCAUAAACGCCAAGAUUACACCGAACCAUCAUUAGCAGAUGUAGAGAAUUUUUUAAGUUCGGAAGAAGAGGCAGAACCACAUUCGACCUCGCGACAGAGCUUAGCGCGCACAGCUGGUCAGGAAAACGAUGAUGUCAAUCUCGCCGCAAAGGCUUUUGGUUAUAUAACUAAAGAUCAGGUAACAAAGAGUGCUGGCAGUACACCCAUAUCUAAUGGUAAGAAAAAGCGUGGUCGCCCGAGCACAGCAUCUAAAAUAGCUGCAUCACCUGGCCCAUCAAAGCAAUCUGUGUCGGUUAAAGCUUCUCGGAAGUCUACUUGGCUUUCAAGAAAUGAAGGCGCAGAUGAUGAGGAAGAAUAUCCUUCUGAGUUACCAGUCACGAGAACCAGAAGCUCGCGUCACAGUGCGUCAUUUGAAAUGAAGUCGGGGACUCCUCGGCAAGCUAUCAGUGGUGCUUCCGGCGAUGAAAGUGGAGUCGAAGCAGAGAGCGAUGAUCCUUUUGAGGACCGACCUAGGAAGACACGGAGAACCCGCCAAAGCACACUACAAAGAGAGCCAAAAUCGCGGAUUAAUAUGUCAGGCAACGAAUUCGAGGAGGCUACUAACGACUAUGGCCGUGAGAUCAGUGAUGGUAGUCUUUUCGGCAAUGAUGCGGAUAAUGUCGUCAGUCCAGUUAGCCCGGACAUGUCUGACGAUGAAGAUCGGAAAAUUGAGAACGGUGCUGAAGAUCCUGAUAAUAAGGGCACAGCAGCAAAAGGCCAAUUGGCGAAAUCUUCUGUCCAUACAUCUAUUGAGGGACCAGUGACGGGCAAGAAGCGAAGAGGGCGACCACCGAAGAAAGCACAAAAUGCACGAAUUUCUCCACGCCCUACUCAAACAAUGCCUAAGUUACGAUCUCCGUCCUCGUCUAAAUCGCCUCCACCUCCUGGUGGCUCUAGUUCCAUUAUCGGUAGACCUAGUCAGUUUCUUUCACUUCGUGAGAAGCUUGCACUUAAGGGGAAGAAGGUCAAGAUUGUUUCGCAACAAUCAAAGCAAAAGACGACCGGCGAGCAACAGCAAAAUCAAUCAGCUACCCCAACUGCCAAGGAUACCUCAUUUCCAGCAGUUGAUUCUGCCAAGCAGUCGCCAGUAUUCACCCCAAUUAAUGAUACAUAUCCUCAUGACGCGGCGUCUCUGCCAAAGACAGUCUCUAGAACAUCUUCAGCUGUACCUUCACGUCACCAAUCCACAAGCCGCAAUGGAACUCCAGGUAUGCUGGCUAAUCCAACAACAGGCGUCCAGGCGGAGUCAUCGAAACACCCCACUCCUCCUAUUCUCAAUUCAAAUGCCCAUACUUCAUCCUCGAGCGAUAAAAGUAUUUCAGCACAGCCAGUUAAGGAUGGACCCACAGUUGUACGUUUGGAUAAUGACGAAAACAAGCAAGUGAAGAAGGGUCCCACAGUAGUCCGACUCAUGGAAUCUGAAUCCGAGUCAGAUUUUGAACACAGUGACAACUUAGGACCAAAAAAUCCAAGUCCAUCAAAAUCUACCAGAAGGGGCAGUUAUAGUGAGGAAUCAGACGAGGAAGGUUGGUCGAGUUCAGAUGAUGAUAUCCCUGCUGUUAAACCCGUUAAAAAUGUUCAAGUAUCACCGGUAUCCGCGGGCCAAUUGAAAUCACCCGUUACAGCAAGAGCAAGAGGUAGACCUCCUAUCCGGGGAUGAAUGUCUUGACGGAGUAGAGUAGUUGACUUGUAGAAUUAUGCAUACAUAUAACUGGCUGGUAUAGGCGUUACAUAUGUGCACUUCACUUGCUUCUUGCUUCUUUGCAUUAUCGCGUGCGAGAAUAUGAGGAUAUACCCAUUUAUCUGUCUAUAUCUACUGCGUGGGAUUUGCUACAUUUUCUUUUUUGGGUGGAAGGGCGGGUUUUGGGUGUGGUGGGUGUGGGGGUGGAGUUUUUCAAGAGUGAGAUGAGGAUAAGGAUGAAGAAGCAAUAAGUUUUUCGUCAAGAUCGAUGGAGUUUUU